CCGAGGCUCUGCUGUGGGAAUGCGGUCGCCUCUUCCAGGCCUUGCUGCCCUCUCCAACUGCAGGCCGGGCCAAGCGGCCGCCGAAGGCGCGAGAUGGCGGCGAGCGGGAACCUCCUCGCCUGGGAUAUUCCACCUAAAAAUGGUCACGAUGUGUAUUUCUCACGAGAUAUUUAUGAAAAAUAUUCAUUGACGCCAACUCUCUCUGAGCUACUGUUACUACCAAAAAGGCACACAGAAGGCAAUGCAGGCAUAUCAAAAGAAAACAAGUCUUCUAGCGGGCAGCCUGCAGUAAAACCAGCUGAAGUGGCAUUCCAAUCUGCAGCAGAAAUUCCAUCUUUUCAAGAGCCUAGAGUCCCCUAUCCUUACUUUUCUAGUUUGACAGAGAAACAACAGAGGAGAUACUUAUUUCUGUUGUCUGCAUACUUAAAUGCUGAUCCCAGCCUGAUCGAUCCAUCUGAGCAGAAAGAUCAUUUACAAUAUCUGCAAAUGAAAGAAUUUGUAAGCAAAGAAGUUGGUGAUUUCUUGAAGUUUGCUCAAAAUGCUGCCAGAAGUUGCUCUAAAGAUUAUGAUAACAUCUCAGAGGAGGCCUUGCUUUACACCAAGAAAUUUUUAGCGUCUCGUAUUGGUUAUGUGACGAAGUAUCCUGAAUGCUAUAACCUACAAGAAGUUAUCAGCAUCAUGGGAGGAAAGUUCUGCACAGAACUGACAUUUAAAUUGGAAAAAUGCCUUCUUGCUUUGGGAAAGGUGAGCCUUGUUAAGCGAUACUUUCCAAAACUGCCUGCACCAAUACAGUUACCUGAUAACCAUAAAAAUAAGGUGGACAUUGCAACUCCAGAGCAGAGGGCUUCAGCGCUUCACAAUGAUGUUAGUACAGAUCCAAAUGCUGAAAAACUUGCAUUGAAAUAUGGUCCUCAGGUAGCGCUGACGAGUGAGUCAUUAUUUACAUUGUUGAACAAUAAUGGUAUGAGUUACAGUGAACAGUGGGAACUUCCGGUUUCUGUGAAAAUCAUCUCUAAUGAAGGUUUCAGACCAGUCAAAGUUGCCUAUAUUGAUCCCCCUCUCCCAAAGAAAGAGAUGGCAGUGAGAGAAAAGAACCAUUUGUAUCAUGAAUUUCUGGCAGAUUUCCACAUGACUAAAAAAUCAAGCAUUUUGGCGCAUGCUGCAAUACUAGACAACCCACAUGAAGGACUUCUGGGAGCACCACUUGAAGCAUGCCAAGGUAGACGGCUUCAAGUACCUGACUCUGUGGAUCUAGACUUUGGCACUGAUGUGACAGAACUAGAGACGUUUGGUUCUGUAUCUAAGCAUUCAAAUGCUUCUAAACUGGAUAACAUUCCUGCCAAACCUGCCAGUAUAUCAUCAGAGCAUGUGAAAAUGGAGAAAGCACCAGUGUUGAACAUGAACAGUGGCACAAGCUCACAAACAUCCGACUCCAUCAGCCUAGACAUUCAUACCAAUGUCACAUUGACAACAAAGCCUUCUGCACCAGAGAGCAGUCCUGUGAAACAUGAAUAUAUGUCAAAAAUCUUAUCAAAGCACCUGAAAAUGGAGAAAGAGUCAGCGUGGGAGGUAAACAGUGAUGUUGGAGAAGGAAGGAGCAAAGGCCCUGAACAGAGGGUAGAAUUAAGCACAGAACAGGAUUUUAAUAGGACUCCAGCAUCAAGUGGUGGUGUCUUGGGUUUGGACUGUGAAGCAAUUUCAUCAGUUAAAGGGUUCAAUUCGAUGGAAAUUGAACCAGAUGGCAAAAGAGUUGUUUACGUCAAAGAUGACACUCUGGACAAGAAUACCUUAUUAACUUCAGAUAAAAAAGAUAACUUCAAGGAAGGAGGUUUGGCUUAUGUAGCCAAAGAUGAUAACUCAUCCAUUCUCUCCUGCUGCAGUGACACAGAUGAGGAAUCUUUGAUAAUUGACACAGGACAUAAAAAUGGCACUGACUGUGAAUCGGGUGUGGUUGCUUCUAACCAAGGCCCUGAAGCAGUUACUCCUGAGUCUCCUUGCUCGAAUCAAGCCCUGUUAGGAAAACUGACAAGGAUUCCAGUUCAAGAAAUGGCUGUGUCCAAAAAAGAUUGUGAACAGAUGUCUAAAGAAUUUGAUCCUGUUGGGCAGAUUUUGAAAAUGCAAGCUGAACUUCUCAGGCCACCUUCUCCACACCGACAAGAGGAGCCACAGAUGAAUUCUGAAAGAAGCCCUGCACCAAGCCAGGGGUAUCCUCCAUCAAAAGUACCUUCUGCUAUGGAGCCCAAGCAAAAUACCACUGUGGAUACCAGUAACUUACCCAAGGUUACCUGGACAUCAUAUUUUCAGGGAUCUCAAAAAGACAUGGUUUGGGGUGCAGCUGAAGAUUGUUUGGAAUAUGAACCUCCUCAACAGGGCAAUCUUAUCUACAAGCUGUUCAGCCUUGGCGACCUGCAGCUACUGGUGCGCUGCCCUGUGCAGAAAGUAGAGCAGAGGCCAUCCAACAAGAAAGCAAAAGUCAAAAGGUACUUUCCAGUUUACGUAUUGCCAAAGCUAGAAUAUCAAGCCUUCUAUGGAGUGGAAGCAUUAACUGAAGGUGAAAUAUGUCGUCUGUGGACAGAGAGUUUGUUACAUUCAAGAAGUUCAUUUACAGUUGGUCAUGUUGAUGCCUUGACUUCAAAGUUGUUUCUUCUUGAGCAACUGCCUGCAGAAGGGCUGAAAAAAAGAUUUGGCACAUUUAAGCCAGCAAAUUCACUGAAUAUUCUCCAACAUAUACUGAAGAAAGUGACUGGUUUGCAGGAGGGCUCUUACCUAUUGGCUCAUGCAGCAGGAGACUCUUCUGUUACCAUCUAUAAGAGCUGCGACGGAAAAUCUACUCGAGCAACGUACAACUUGCAUUCAGCUCACUCUGCCCUGCCCAGCAUACCUUCUGCCCUCUCAGUUCCGUGGGUGCCACUAGAUCCCAACAUCCCUCUGCCCUAUCAUUUUGCUCAAGGGCGAGUUCCAUGCACUUUCCCACCAAAGCCAGCAAACCCUGUGAAGAACCAGAAGCCUUCUCUCAAGAUGUCAACGGUCCACGAAAUCUUAUCCAAGCUCACCCUUGAGGGAGAUCAUGCUCUCCCUCCAAGCGCCUACGCCACAGUCAAGGCAUACGGGAACUUUGAUGCGGAUCGCGAUGCUGCAGCCCUUGAAACCGCAAUCAAGACCAAAGGUGUGGAUGAAGUGACAAUUGUCAACAUCCUGACCAACCGCAGCAAUGAGCAGCGUCAGGACAUCGCCUUCGCUUACCAGAGGAGAACUAAGAAGGUACUGAAGGAGGCCAAAAGCUACACUAUACUGCGAGAGGAGCUCUCUGCAGCUCUGAAGUCUGCUCUGUCUGGGCACCUGGAGACUACUAUCCUGGGUCUGCUGAAGACACCGGCUCAGUAUGAUGCUUCUGAACUGAAAGCGUCCAUGAAGGGUCUGGGAACUGACGAAGACACGCUCAUUGAGAUAAUCUGUUCACGGACAAACCAGGAACUGAACUCAAUCAACAGAGCCUACAGGGAAAUGUACAAGACUGAAUUGGAAAAAGACAUCAUCUCAGAUACAUCUGGCGAUUUCCGCAAGUUGAUGGUGGCUUUAGCCAAGGGAAGGAGAAAUGAGGAUGCUUCCGUGGUUGAUUAUGAGCUGAUCGAUCAAGAUGCCAGGGACUUGUAUGAUGCUGGUGUGAAGAGAAAGGGAACGGACGUGCCCAAGUGGAUCAACAUCAUGACUGAAAGGAGUGUCCCCCACCUCCAGAAAGUGUUUGAGAGGUACAAGAGCUACAGCCCUUACGAUAUGCUGGAGAGCAUCAAGAAGGAAGUGAAAGGAGACCUGGAAAAUGCCUUCGUUAAUCUCGUCCAAUGCAUUCAGAACAAGCAGCUGUAUUUUGCGGACCGAUUGUACGACUCAAUGAAGGGCAAAGGAACCCGAGACAAGGUCCUGAUCAGGAUUAUGGUCUCCCGCAGUGAGGUGGACAUGCUGAAAAUUAAGAGUGAAUUCAAGAGGAAAUAUGGGAAGUCCCUGUACUACUUCAUCCAGCAAGACACAAAGGGCGAUUACCAGCGGGCACUCCUGAACCUGUGCGGAGGAGAAGAUUGAAAACUGUGAUGGGAAUGGAAAGAGUUCCAGCCCCGAGAUAUGCCCCCCCCUUUUUUACCCCGCUUCAGCCCUGAUCUCCUUUGCAGAACUAGAGCCAUUGGCACGAUAGCCUUUGCUAACUCAUCUUCCCUAUCCUGUCUACUCCAGGCGGAUGCUGCUGGUUGCUUUUGUAUCAUUCCCUCCCUUGGCUCAGGCUUUGCUUGGCUUUUACCCAAGUAGCUAAUCUCAGCAGAAGUAAUCAGGCCAAAGGAGUUAACAUUCCAAAGAGAGGGAGAAGGAGAGGGAGGCAAUCCUUACAUGCGCAGUGGAAGAUUCUGCCUCUUUUUGUGUGCAAUGUUCUUGUUGGAAAGCCAAAUAAAAUGGAAUUUUUACUUUAAGAAAAA